AUGGAUAAGAUAGGAUAUCUGGGGCACCGAAAGACGAUCGAAGGUCUAGAGGCAAACCCAAAAGAUCUGAAAUCCCUGACCGAUCUGCCAUUCCCCGGAUCACUUCGAUCCAUGCAGUCGUUCCUGGGUAGUCUGAACUAUUACAGCCGAUUCAUUGAAGACUACGUUAUUUACGCCUCGGUGCUAUACGAACUACGCGAGGUAGAGUUUGCAGAACUGGAGAAACGGCCGGAUCUGAGGGAGAUCAUGGACCAGAACGACCCGAUUGCACGGGAUCACGACCCACCGGAACUGCAGCUGGCAGAACCAUUAGAUGAGAGGUUGAUCAGGGCGCAUAAGACCUUCAUCAUCUUGAAAACCAAGCUCGCGAUGACUCCAAUUCUCGCCACUUCGACGAAACGAGAACGCCGCCUGAAGACGAACGAGUUGAAUUACAAUGUGACCGAAAAGGAGGUGUUGGUAUUACAGAGGAUCUUGGAUCUCUACUACAAUUUACUGGUGGGACGCGAGAUCCGGGUCCUAACGAGGCAUUCCACCUUAGCCUGGCUGUUCAAGUCAACAGGAUUACAGGGUCGUCUAAGGCAAUGGUCAGCUCUCCUGGCCCCGUGGACUCUCGAGAUUACGAAGUGUACGAAAGGAGAGGACGAGAUACUGGGGGCGAUCGCUGCCAACAUCACGCCGAGGGCAAAGCUGGACGACGCUCUAACCAAUAUCACCCCUCGGAAGGAACCUAAAGGCGCAUUCAGCGCGAUCGUGUGGAGUCUGCCCGGAUGGGAGGUGGUCAAAGCUAGAUCGGGCUAUCUCGAGAGCCUCACCAUGAACGAAGCAGAAUACGACAGCCUGCUCCUGGGGCGCGACAUGCUAGAGGACCUAGAUCGCAAGCGCCUAGUGAUCUGCGGUGAUUCCAACUGA